GCAGCACAUUUUUUUUUGCUCGUUUAAUUUUUUUCUCAUUUGAAUGUAAAAGUCAUUUUGAAAUAUUUAUUUAUAUAUGUAUAGUAUAUUUAUUUUAAUUUUAAUUAUAACUUAAACAUUUUUUUGUAAUGGUACAAUACUGAUUUUUUUUUAUAAAUACUUAAAAAUCUUAAUGUAUAUUGUUACUUGUAAAAUACUAAAUUGGAAAUAACUGUGGCAAUAUUGAAAUAUUUAAUCUUUAAUAAUUCAGUAAUUUUUUCACACUAAUUUCUCAUCAGAAAAAUAUGAUAAUUUUAAUAACUACUGUUAUUAUUCAGAAGUCCUAGCUCUUUUAAAAUGAAUGAUUUAAUGGGAUCAUCAAGUUUCCUUCACUUGGGAGACAUAGUUUCUCUCUAUGCUGAAGGAAAUGUAUGUGGUUUUCUCAGCACAUUAGGCUUGGUUGAUGAUAGAACAGUUGUCUGUCCAGAAGCUGGAGAUUUAAAUAACCCACCAAAAAAAUUUAGGGAUUGUUUAUUCAAAAUAUGUCCUAUGAAUCGAUACUCUGCUCAAAAGCAAUUUUGGAAAGCAGCUAAACAAAGUGCUAGCGCGAGUGCUGACACAAUCUUAAUUAAACGAUUACAUCAUGCAGCUGAAAUAGAAAAAAAACAAAAUGAAUCUGAAAAUAAGAAAAUACUUGGUACAGUCAUUCAGUAUGGCACUGUUAUACAAGUACUUCAUUUAAAAUCCAAUAAGUAUUUAACUGUAAAUAAACGACUACCAGCUCUGUUAGAAAAGAAUGCAAUGAGGGUCUAUUUAGAUGCUAAUGGAAACGAAGGAUCAUGGUUUUAUAUCAUGCCUUUUUAUAAGUUACGUUCCACUGGUGAUAAUGUUGUUUUGGGUGAUAAAGUCAUUAUGAAUCCAGUGAACGCUGGACAGCAAGUGUUGCAUGUUGCUGCAAAUUAUGAAUUGCCUGAUAAUUUAGGAUGUAAAGAGGUAUAGAUACUUAUUUUUGUGUUAUAAAUAAUUAUAAAAUGUUUAGUACAGUUAGGACUCAGCAUAGUGAAAUAAGUUACAUCUGAGGCUAGUAUGAUUAAGUAACUGGUAACUUUUAUUAUUUUUUUAUUAUUAAAUGGAGAAUGGUCUAAAUCAGUAGUCGGCAACCGGCGGCCCGCGGGCCGGAUACGGCCCGCGUGGCUAUUGAAUACGGCCCGCUUUAAAUUCUAAAUUGACUAAUUUAAUUGAAUAUCAUUUU